GUGUGUCAAGUGCUGAUAAAUUCAUGUAACAUUUAUUCAAAUAAAAUUAUUAAAAAAAUAUGCCAAUGUGGAGAUCCGUACUGGCAGGAUGCCGUGGAGGUAGGCGGCGGUUUUUCGUGGAAGGAUACAAUGGAAUGUGUUAUGAUAGGGUUUACGGCAGACGUAGACAUGCUAGGAGGCAGUACAGUACCUGCCCAACUGGAAUGAAGGUCACCAUCUGCGGGGCUGCGGGAUGCACUGGUCAACCUUUAGCUCUACUGUUGAAGCAGUGCCCUUUAAUAGACGAGAUAGCUUUGUACGACCAGUGCCCCACCUGUGGGUUUGCCGUGGAACUUAGUCAUGUAGACACUAAGAGUAAAGUGACUUCGUUUUCCGGGAAACAUAUGCUGUGCGAUGCACUUCAAGGCGCAAAGGUAGUGGUGCUUGUGGCACGGAACGAAAUGGACACCUUCGAACAGAGUGCACCCGUCAUUACUGAAAUAGCUCUGCAAAUAUGCAACACUUGCCCGUUGGCAUUUACAAUAGUAGCAACGGAACCAGUGGACAGCAUGGUACCUCUAGUAGGUGAGAUCCAGCGUCUCCGUGGAAUGUACAAUCCUCGGUCACUCCUCGGCUGUGUCGAGCUGAACUGCGUGAGGGCCAACACGGUACUGGCUGACUAUAUCAAGGCCCCGCCCGAAGCCGUCAAGGUUCCAGUUAUAGGGGGCGCCUCGCCUGCCACUAUGGUACCCGUGCUGUCAGCCGCUGUCCAUCCCUGUCAUAUGACGCAAGAACAGAUUGAAUGUAUAACGUCCUGUAUAAUGAGCGGCAACGAGGCGGUUUGUGCGGCGAAGGGAUGCGCCACUGCGACACCUUGCCUCGCCGGCUCAUACGCAAUAGCGCGAACCACCAUCAACGUAGUUAAAGCGUUGCAAGGAAAGAAGAUUACACAGUGCGCCUACGUCGACAGUCUUGGCACAUGCGCUCCAGACUGCCAGUUCUUUGCAAACGAUGUAAUACUGGGGCCUUCAGGAGUGGAGAGAAACUUAGGCAUACCAGAACUGACUAAGUUUGAGAACUGUCUCCUGGUCAACUGUUUGCCUUACAUAAAAAAUGAGAUCGCUCGAGCAGUCUGGCUGGUAUACACAAUGUGCCAGCAGUGUUGCUGCCCGACGUGCAGCCAGCACCCUUGCACGUGCUACUCGCAGCCAGUCAUCCCAUGCACGCCACCCACCAAUUGGACCUGUGACUGGCCUGACGCUUGCAGAGACGAGUACCUUGCUUCGAUUUGUCGCGAGAUGUCCUGCAAAUGUGGCGGCACAGAACUGUGCUGGCGUCCUCGUGAUUCUGACUACGACGCAGCUCGUGCCGCUAAUAUAAUGCACCAGAUGCCCGUUCGAACUGCCUCGUGUCCGGACAAGAUGCCUAGGAGUGUCCGCAUGGCUGCCGAAAUCAGACGGAAAAAUCGAAACCCUUGCUCUACAAAAUAUUAAAAUAGCUAUGUAUAUCAGAAUAAGCACGCCUGUAAGUCUGUACAGGUAAUUAUACUGGUUCAGAUCGUGAAUAUGAACAACUUAUGUUUUUGGUACUUUUGGAAAAAACUAAAUACACUUUCCGUAUGAAUUGACGCAUUGCAUUGUAUAAAAACUGAAAGUUUGAAACUUGAAAUUCUAGAAGUGCAAUAAAAUGUUGUUCAAAUGUUCUGAACUAGAAUCUGAACAUGGAUUUGUGUUUAUGUCGAAAGUACCUGUAAGCACGCCGUUUGCGUGCUGACUGACAACCCGCCGUUGAUUGAAGUUAUGAAAUAUAUCAUACGACAUACGAUUUAAUGUGUAAUUUGCGAAUAAAUUAUCGUGACGUUAAUAGCUGAGCAGAAGAAGUCUAUUCAUACGUACUAUGCGGUUACUCGCAAUGCGGCCAGCCGUCCGGCUGACCGCAAGCACAAUAUAUGUAUCCUACGCUACCCGCAGACCGCUCCGGUCGCUCGGAGGGCUGCGGCCCGAGUGAUGACCACCCGGACGGUUGCUAUAGGCAUUGUGCAGCUCAGUCUACGGCUGCGCCGCCAUUGGGUGAGGGUGAGCGUGUGUACGUGGUACGUCUGGUAAAAUAGAAUUGGAUGCCGAAAACUUUAACAUCGAAAUCCAAAGUCGGCCAGCAACUUAGCUUAAUAGAAUAGCUGCAAUUUCUUCCGCGUCCAUCUUUGAAACGGAUCGAUAUGACCGCAAAUCGCAACGGUUCUUCAAUCGCACUUUGUGAUUGCGAACGCGGCUGCCCGCAAUCCGGCUGGCCGCAUUCGCAACCGCAUCCUGCGAUCUGCUGGUCGGCUAGCCGCAUUGCGGGCAUAGUGCGUAUGAACCCACAAUUGUUACUUCAGACUAGACUGCUUUAUUGUUAUUAUGAAUGACGAAAUAUGCAGUUGCGUCGCAUACAGCCAGCAAAAUCUCUUACUUAGAUAAAUUUUUGAGGCGUACGUUUUGUAAGACUAGUAUACUAAUUAGGUAUUUAUAUGAUCUGUGAAAUGUGCGAAAAAGCAGAACACGUCAAUAUCCACGAAUUAACUGUCCAUUAUUAAUCACAAAAAAAAUGU